AUGGAUAACAGGAUCGGUGACGCCGUGAACAUGGAAGCAGUUCUUCUGCAUGUCUUCAGGGCCACUGCAAAGUCUGCAGCUGAAAAGCCUGAUAACUUGGCUAUUAUUAUGGACUGUUGUAUGGCAAUUGAAAAGGGACUUCAAGGAUGGAAAGUAUAUCAGUUACGAGGGCAGCACCUUAUGGAUGAGGGCCUUGAUUCAACUUCCGUGCAAGAUUUUGAAAUGGUUUACAGGCUUUUACCAUCUGAGAAAACGAGGCAAAAUCUAAACAAUGCCAAGGAAAAGCAAGCAAAGUGGGAGAAACUAAGCCAGACUGACAAAAAGGCCGAUAUCCUUAGAGCCUUUAGAAACUUGUCCAUGUUAUACCACCCAGAGAGGCACAGAGACAUGCCUGAAAUAUUACAAGAAGCUUUCCAGGAGUUAUUUAAAGGAUGUAGACAAUCUAAAACUGUUCGUACGGAUGAAGAAAAGCAAAGGUCAUGUGAUAGAAACCAUCGGCAUGAAAUGAACAGUAAUGCUGACCCAAUGCCGAUAGCUCAGCAGCAAAGGUCUAAGCAUCCACAAUUUCAUCGUGAGCAGCAGCUGGAGCGAUUACUUAGUGAGCAGCAGCAGGAGCGAAUACAUCAUGAGCAGCAGCAGCUGGAGCGAUUACAUUGGGAGCAGCAACAGACGCAGGAGCGAUUACAUCGUGUGCAGCAGCAGCUGGAGCAAGUACAUCGUGAGCAGCAGCUGCUGGAGCGAUUACAUCGUGAGCAGCAGCAGCUGGAGCGAUUACAUCGUGAGCAGCAGCAGCUGGAGCGAUUACAUCGUGAGCAGCAGCAGCUGGAGCGAUUACAUCGUGAGCAGCAGCACCUGGAGCGAUUACAUCGUGAACAGCAGCAGCUGGAGCGAUUACAUCGUGAGCAGCAGCACCUGGAGGGAUUAUAUCGUGAGCGAUUAUAUCUUGAGGAGCAGCAGCGAUUUCAUGGUGAGAAGCGGCAGCAGCAGCAACCGCGAUUUCAUCUCCAUUUCUUCCAAAACCUUUUCAAAUACUGCUUUUUCAGCCUCAAGGAUUUGUAUUAA